CACUAGUUUUAGUUACAGUACAGCUUUUUCCAGUUUCUGGAAAAGCAAAAGCUAUUGUUGACUAUUUAAAAAUCCAGUACGAGUUGAAACAAUGGAACAGAACUAAAUUAUAGGACUUUGAAAAUGGUUAAUUUUGAAACUCCGUAUACCACUGUCUAAUUAUUGGAUCAAAAAACUGGAGGAGGAACAAGUACUAUAAAGUGAAUGCAUGUGAGAGAACCAACCCUCUGAGCUCUGAUUAUGAAUGAGGCAGUGAUCUCAAUGAGAAAGUCUAUUGUCGAAAGCAGAGGAAGAGGUUAGAGAUGGAGUUUCGGAUGCCUUCCAUUCUUGAGGCUUUGCUGCUUUUCUUCGGAGUUACGUUGGCAAAGCUAACCAUGGAGCCAAAGGAAGGCAGCAUUGGCGGUGGAACCUGGAUCACACUGAGAUAUGAGGGCCUCUCAUAUCCCAUCAAUUGGUCUCACCUGGAAGUGUCGUUCUUGAAUUCAGUGCUGCCUACAGUACUGUGUGACAUUCAGCCUGUCAGUUUUGAUCUGUCCACCACAAAAUGCCAAACAAGGGCUUCGCAGUGGGGAGGACUUUACCAACUCCAGUUCACUCUGAAUGGGCAAAUUGUCAACAACACGAAGGAGUUGCACUGUGACAACUGCACAUUUCAGUUCUCUGUUGCACACACUCCUGUGGUCUAUCGUGUGGACCCCCCCUAUGGAGUCCCAGGAAAUGUAAUGCAAGUCUAUGGUUUUAUCCUGGCCCAAGAAUUUGAUGCCUACAGCUUUAACACAGAUUUUAUUGAUGGCCCUGUUAUCCUCGAGGCAAAAAGAGAUGGAUGGAUAACCAUUUGUUCCCUUGCCAAUAAGCAGAUGCGCAGCAUAUAUCCCAUUCAAGUCGAUCACGGUCUGGGAACUGUAGCAUGCCGAAUGGAAGGGAACCAUAUUGGGUCACAUAAUGUUAGCUUUACAGUGUUUAACAAAGGAAAGUCAGUGGUGAACAAGGAUGCUUGGCUUAUCAGUGCAAAACAGGACCUUUUCCUGUACCAGACAUUCUCAGAAAUAUUUUCAGUGUCUCCAGCUGCAGGGAGCCUGGGUGGUGGAACCGAUCUCACCAUCACAGGAGACUUCUUUGAUACACCUGUGCAGGUCACAGUUGCAGGCAGUCCCUGCCAAAUUAAGCACGUCAUUCCACGAAAGAUCGUCUGUACAACUGGAGCCGUUGGUGUGCACAGAAGACUCAAUGGCCCUAAACCAGGUGCACUUUUAUUGUGGCGCGUCCAAGUGGUAGCUUCCCUCGCAAUUGGUUUGAUGUUUCAGCAUUAAGGUAAAGGGAACUGUGACCAUUAGGUCCAGUCGUGACCGA